AUGAUUAGGGUCGCGUGCCGUUACCCUUCCGAGAAUGCUGACGACAUAGUAAGAAGAGGCCUUCCGCUUAUUGGGGCAAUAUCUGGAACGAGCGGUGUUCGCAAGCCGGAAGAUUUUGGUAUUCGAGUGGCAGGAAGAAUGCUUGCCAUCACCGGGACAGUACUACCGCCACCGAAACUUGUGUAUAAAUCUCCAAUGCAAGUGAUCAAUCCAGGAGUUUGGAAUCUCUCGAGUAACGUUGCAUUUAAUCGACCGGGUUUGCUCCGCACGAAUGGAGACGUAGGGUGUUUGGUUAUUACAUUUCAUCAAAGUCGAAGUACUCCUGAAACUACACAGUUUAUGGAAGAACUCGGUAAGUACUUGAUCAAAUACGGUAUUAACUGGCCAAAGAGGCAUAAACCCGCAAGCACUCUGACCCUAACAAAAAACUCGAACGAUAACCAUGCACUGCUCGAUGAAAACUUCUUGCGCAUCAAGAAGUCAGGAGUGGCAUUUACCAUUAUAGUCCUUCCUGGAUACGAUGCAGAACUGUAUUCCCAGGUGAAAUACUUUGCUGACAUGAAAUAUGGCUGCCAUACCCUUUGUGUCGUUCCGAAACCUCCAAAGAACGCUGGCCAAGGAGCGCCCUUGGAAAUCAACAAGCAGCCUUCCUACCUAGCAAACCUGGCUCUUAAGAUUAAUCUAAAACUGGGAGGCGUCAACCACCAGCUUGAAGUUGCGCAGACCUCUCGGUCAUCACCCCGGAUUAUGUAUCUGGGGAUUGAUGUGACCCAUCCAACGGGGACUGAAUCUGUGCCGCAGGCUCCAAGUAUUGCGGGAGUUGUUGCGAAUUGCAAUUCUAUGCUGGUGGAAGCUUUGAGUGAUAUGGUAACCGAAAGGCUGAAAAGCUGGAAAGACCAGGAGUGUCUACCGGAGAAGGUCAUCGUGUAUCGUGAUGGGGUUUCAGAGUCUCAGUACAAGCAGAAAGUUAUUAUCGUUCUCGCAAACUACCAAAGAUUCUACCCCGUUUCGAAUGAACAGUUAGAUGAAAGGUCUGGCAAUGUUCUCCCAGGAACAGUCGUAGACCGCGGUUGCACCAUGGCCCGGGAGUUCGACUUCUUCAUGGUUGCUCACGCAGGGAUCCAGGGGACAUGUCGGCCUGCUCACUAUGUUGUAUUGAAGGAUGAAAGCAAUUUUACUGCUAAUGAGCUGCAAAAUAUGACACAUAACCUGUCAUACGUCUUUGGGAGGGCUACGCUGUCAGUCUCCAUUGCCACUCCAGUAUACUAUGCUGAUAUUCUGUGUGAGAGAGGACGGUGUUAUCUUUACGACACUUUCCACCGUAAAGACCAUGAGGCUGCCGUGCCAUAUAACGAGUCACAGUCCAAGUGGCUCUGGGGAGUGCACAAGGAUUUGGCAGAGAGCAUGUUUUACAUCUAG